AUGGCCACGGGCGAGCCGCUGGGCUGCUGCGAGCGCGUGGCCAUCAACGUGGCCGGCCGGCGAUUCGAGACCUUGGUGCGAACGCUGCGGCGAUUCCCGGACACGCUGCUGGGAGACCCCCGGCGCCGGCGCCGCUUCUUCGACCCCCAACGCCGCGAGUAUUUCUUCGACCGGCACCGCGGCGCCUUCGGGGCCGUGCUCUACUAUUACCAAUCCGGGGGGCGGCUGCGGCGACCGCCCGACGUGCCCCUGGACGUGUUCCUGGAGGAGCUGAGGUUCUACCAGCUGGGCGACGAAGCCGAGGAGAGGCUGCGCGAGGCCGAAGGCUUCGCGGUGGAGGAGCCGCCGGCGCUGCCGCGGGGAGGUUUGAGGAGGAGGGCGUGGUUGCUGUGCGAGCACCCCGAGAGCUCGCCGGCCGCCAGGGUGGUGGCCCUGCUGUCCGUGCUGGUCAUCCUGGUGUCCAUCGUGGUGUUCUGCCUGGAGACGCUGCCGCAGUUCCGGCCCGGCGUCGACGGGGAGGUGAGUGGGGGGGGGAAGCCAUCUUCAUCACCGUCGUCAUCGUCAUCUUCAUCAUCGUUGUCAUCUUCAUUGUUGUUAUUAUCGUCAUUGUUCUUGUAA